GUGUUCGAGCUCGUGACGGACCAAAUUAUCAUAUCCGACACCCUGAGCGUGCGAUUGGUGCGACCGGUUUCUGAAGACGAAGUCGUUGAGCACUACGUCGCGAACGAGGCCUUCGACGCAGAUCCGUACUGGGCGACUCUGUGGCCGAGCGCUUUCGCGGUUUCUCGGUACAUCGCAAACGCUCCGGCUUUGGUGCGAGACAAAACGGUGUGUGAUCUCGGCGCAGGUUUAGGACUUGCUGGUCUCGUUGCGUGCGCCGCGGGCGCGAAACGAGUCGAGCUCUUCGACCGCGAACCGCUCGCGUUGGCGUGCGCCAUCCUGUCAAUCGAGGCAAAUGGGUUUCAAGAUCGCGUUUUGGUGAAAGAUUUCGACUGGAAUGACGUACGCGAAGAUCAAGCGAAGUUCGACACUCUUCUUGCGUGCGAUGUACUCUAUGAAUCGCACGCUGUAUUGCCCGUCGCGGAACUCGUUCCAAAGCUCGUAAAACGCGGCGGUGGCCGAUUUCUACUGGGAGAUCCACCAAGCCGAGCGCCUCAAAAUCGUAAAAGGUUUAAAGAGACGCUUACCGAGCAGUACGGCGCGUUCGUGAUGCGCGAACUACUCGUUCAAGAAGGAGGAGACGAACUCGUGUUCAUCGAUUUUAAAAUGUAG